GACAGAGUCUGCGUUGCCCGGACAAGAGAAUGGGCUUCAAAGCCCCGUGCAGCUACUUCUCGGCGUUGCUGCUGCUGCUUUGCCUCCGGGGGUCCCGUGGCGUUCCUACUUUCAGGAAGGAGAGGGGAGUUCAUCCUGACCCCGAGCUCAGCAAUCAGCAGCACGAAGAUAAUCAGAGCUUCCAGUAUGACCAUGAGGCCUUCCUGGGCAAAGAGGAAGCCAAGUCUUUCGAUCAGCUCACCCCAGAGGAAAGCAAAGAAAGAUUGGGGAAAAUUGUUGAUCGAAUUGACGAUAACAAAGAUGGCCUUGUCACAACAGAGGAACUGAAAAACUGGAUCAAACGGGUGCAGAAACGCUACAUCUUUGAAAAUGUAGCUAAAGUCUGGAGGGAUUAUGACCUCAACAAAGACAAUAAAAUUUCCUGGGAAGAAUACAAGCAAGCCACGUAUGGCUAUUACCUAGAAAAUCAAGAAGAAUUUCAAGAUGCCACAGAUCAGCACAGUUUUAAAAAAAUGCUUCCCAGGGAUGAAAGAAGAUUCAAAACAGCUGACCUGGAUGGCGAUUUAGCAGCCACUCGGGAGGAGUUCACAGCUUUUCUUCACCCAGAGGAGUUUGAGCACAUGAAAGACAUUGUUGUUCUAGAAACAUUGGAGGACAUAGACAAAAAUAAAGAUGGCUUUGUGGACCAAGAUGAAUACAUUGCUGAUAUGUUUGCACAUGAAGAUGGUGGUCCAGAACCUGACUGGGUAAUAACUGAGCGUGAACAAUUUGCGGAUUUUCGUGAUCUAAACAAGGAUGGGAAGAUGGAUAAAGAAGAAAUUCAGCACUGGAUCCUUCCACAAGACUAUGAUCAUGCUCAAGCUGAAGCCAGGCACUUAGUCUAUGAAUCAGAUGUUGACAAGGAUCAAAUGUUAACCAAAGAAGAGAUCCUAGACAACUGGAACAUGUUUGUUGGAAGCCAAGCUACAAAUUAUGGUGAAGAUCUCACAAAAAACCAUGAUGAGCUAUGAUAUUCUUUGGAAAGCAAAUAGAGCAAAGCCUUAGGGCUGGUUUUCUGUACAUUUCCAAAGUAACUGGUUGUGUAUGUUACCUGAUUUUUUCCCAAGUAUUCCCCCCAAAAAGCAGUUCUGUUAGUAAUUGCUGCCACUUUUUUUUUUAAUUUCAUGUCUAUGUCGAUAAUGUGGUGAAAGCAGUUCCCAAAGUACAGUUUCUGCUAUAUUCAUACUUCAACUCGAAAUAAAUGCUCUUAGAAUUCUCACCGAAAUGAGAGAGACUUGGAGGCAAACAUGGGAUCUCCAGACUCACAUAAUAUGUGUAUUUAAGGGUUGUGCCGCUUCCACUUUAAGUUGUAUACUUUGAAUGUCCCCUCAUGUAAAUAGCCUCCUUGCACACUGAAAACUGACAUUUCAAGUUUAGGAUUUUUCCCUAAUGUGCUGGAUUUUUUGUGUUCAAGGAUUUUUUUCUUGUGCAUUUAAACAUUUGAUUCUCAUCUAAAGUUUGAAGUAGAGUCCAGCAACAAAUGAGUUACUGAUUGUGUACACCUGCCUUUUAUUCCCAAACCAGCUUGGUGACCAUGGGUCAGUCAGAGCUCUCUCAGCCCCACCUACCUCACAGAGCGUCUGUUGUGAGGAGAAGAGUGUAAGCCUCUUUGAGACUCCUUUGCGUAGUGAAGGGUGGGGUAUAAAACCAACUCCUCCUCCUCCUUCUGGAGCCAGGACCUGAAUGAAUGCCCACUGCUGCACUUGUGGUGUCCCUCAUCAGCUGAAAAAUAGUUAAUGCAGUAACACCCAUUCCCCUUUAGACAGAUGACAUCAUAGGACUCACUGACAGCUGGGGGAUGGGGUUAGACAUCUUUAUUUUAUUUCUGUAUUUGUGAAAAUAAAACAAUGAUAAAGUCCGCAGUUUUGAAAGAAAGGGGAAAAUGCAUAUUUAACGAGGUCUGUGGGAAAAAAGGAAAGUAUAUAACCAUCACAUCUUUGCAAGUACAAAGAGAAAUAGCUUUUUUUGAAAUUAUCCCCCCCAUUGAUAAUGGGGUUAGUGGUGCUGAAUGAUGUGAAGAAUAGCUUGGGGUGGGGGAUUAGUAAACAGUCUUUUGAAUACUUAACGUGUAGUUUGGGACAGCUAUUUUUCACUAAGGGUCCGUUUACACUAUAGUCAAAUUUAAAUCUGCUAAUUGGUAAAAUAUGCUAACAUCUGAAGCCAACUAUCCUUCAAUUUAAAAGAAGUUAAUCUGUGGAUGGAAGGAUUCUUAGAACAAAUUACAUUAACCCUGCUCCUGCACACAGCUUGGAUUGGAUUUUGUAACCUAUUAUUAGGAAGAUCAGGGAUCCUUCCCACACUGUCCUCCCCCGGUAGUUCCAUCUGACCUGGAAAAGUUGAUUUCAUGUGUUUUGAGACCCACAUAGACUAACAUCCACACAGGAAAGGGAAAACUGCUUUGAGGGUGUGGAGAUAAAACACCUUGUUCUGUUUUCUCCACAAGCAGCAGCUCUGCUGCCACAAGAUACAGGACUGUGAUUUCCCCAGCCCCUACCCCCAUCCCUGCAGUCUUCCAGUCUGUUUUGUGGGUCCAAUAACCUCAGGAAUCAAUACUUCCAAGUUUGGGACUGCUUGCAAAAUGGGAGUCUAGGAAGGACUCACAACCCUCAGUGCCUUUCGCUGACAGAUUUUGGGAUCUACGUUCUUGUGUAAUGUGUGAUAGCCAUUCACUUCCACUUUGUAUGCAUGGUUCCUUAUAUAUGUGGAACUUCUCUUUCCACUGCAGUAAAUGAAGAAGCUCUUGUAGUAGGGGAGCUCUAUGUGUUCUCUGUCUGCCUUCAUGCAGAGGAGUUUUCAUUGAGAACCAACACAUUUUUCAGAAGCAUUCAUGUAACAGUGUCACCAGCCUCUGUGACACAUUUCUGCUCAAAUGCAUAUCCAGAGCAGAGCUGCUAGUUUCUAUAUUUGUCACACAUUUUGGUAAAGCAAUGAGAUUUUUCUGAAUUGUUUGUUCCAUGUGGAUAAUGGUAAUUCCACACUGGAAAGAAAAGCUUAACACAUUUCCAAGCUCUACCAUUUAUUGGAGACUUAAGAGCCUUUGCACUUUCUUCUGUUUCACAAGGAGAGGCUGUGUGUGGCAUAAACUUCUGUUUGUUCCUGUUCUGUGUGUGUGUGUGUGUGUGCAUGUGUGCAAAAAGAGAAAGACGCAUUGCCACUUUAAGAAGAUCUUCAGCUAGUACACGCAUUUAAGCUUUGCUGCAUUUCAUAAUACCUAUGAGCUGUUACAUGUACAAAUGUAUUUUUACCUGUAUUGACUUGAAGGUAUGAACAAUAAACAUGUAACUAUCUUUUGGAUACUUGGAA